AGAACCGGUUCAGCCGGGAGAGCGGUGGGUCUUUCUCCAAGGAGAAGGCCGCCCCAGCCUCAAGGGGGGAAUGGAGCCUCAAGGGGGGAAUGGAGGUCAUCCAAGUGCAACAUCCACGCGCGUCCCCUACCGCCUCGACAAAGGCAGCUUCCCAGCCAGCUUCCUUCGCCGUUUUCCGGUAGCCGCCUGGCCACAGACACGCCGUCCCACGUCUGUAUUUGCGGACGUCUCGGCUUGGGUCACAGCUACGUCAUACAUUCACUCCAACUCAACUCUCCCAGCCACCUCCAGCAGCCGGAGGUGGAGAGAAGGAGGAAGAGGCGGCGGCGGCGAAGGAUAACGGAGGAAGGAGGGAGAGACUUCUCUCUCCCCCCCACUUUCCUUAAAAGCUGCUUCCGGUUCUGCUGCUGCCAUCUUCUCUCUCUCUCUCUCUCUCUCUCUGAAAGCGGGAGGGAGGCUUUUGAGGGACUCACAGAUGAAAUAAAGGCGGGCAGCCGAGGGAGGCGGGGGCAAGGAAGAGGAGGGGAGCGGGAGAAGCCCUCGGUGACGCGCCAGCGCUGGGGGCCGCGGGGCCGGCCGUCAGGAGGAAGCGCUCGGGCUUUCGUUCGGGAGCGCCGGGUCCUUCUUACGUCGGAGAGGCGCUGAGAGGACUGCGGGGCGCGAGUCAAAAAUUUAAAAGAAAAAAAAAAGGGAGGAGACGGCGGCGUCUGGACCUCGCGGGCUGAGCUCACUUCUUGCAACCCCUCCAAGUUGCAAUCCCUCUCUCAAGCCGCCUGCCCGUUUCUGGGCUUGCGGGUGGGGAAGAAGCUGGAGCAGCGGCGGCGUUAGAAGACGUUAGAAGACCAUCUCCAACCCACCCUCCCAUCCCGUGUCCUCGCCGGCAACGUUGUUUUCUGGAGGCGUUUCCCUCGCUUUCUUUCCUUCCUUCCCGGGCUCGCUUCGCACAAAGCCAGCGCCUGGGUUCCGCUCUCCCGGCUGCCCCCGCCCCACCGCCUCCCCUCCUCUCCUGCCUGCCUGCCUGCCUCCUUCUUCUUUUUUGGGCUUCUUUUCACGCGAUGGGCCAGAGAAGCUCCCGGAACGACCCGCGGGCCAGCGACUAGAACUCCGGCUGCAUUGCCUCUCCUGCUGGCGACCGCGUCUUUCCUGCUUUAGCCGAGUCUCCCCCGAUUCAUUCUUCUCCGGCUCUGAAGCGUCGUCUCCACCGGACUCGGCAGGAAGAAAGGAGAGAGAGAGAGAGAGAGACGAAAGGCGGCGGGCAGGGCGAAGCCGCCCUCCAUCUGGGCUCUUGUGUUUCUGCUUCCAGGAGCCGAGAAGAAGGAAAGCUUGGACCAUGGGGAGCAGUAAAAGUAAACCCAAAGACCCUAGCCAACGGAGACGCAGUUUGGACUCCACAGAAAAUAUACAUGGCAGCUGCUCUACCUCUCAAACUCCCAGCAAGAACACUGUUCCAGAAACUCAUCGUACCCCUAGUCGGUUAUUUGGAAAUACAGCUACAGAACCAAAGCUCUUUGGGGGAUCAAAUACAUCAGAUAUGGUCACUUCUCCUCAGCGCUGUGGCGCUUUAGCUGGUGGAGUCACAACAUUUGUGGCUCUCUAUGAUUAUGAAUCACGGACAGAAUCAGAUCUUUCUUUCAAAAAAGGAGAACGCCUCCAAAUCCUCAACAACACGGAAGGAGAUUGGUGGCUGGCUCACUCCCUCACAACUGGCCAGAAAGGCUACAUCCCCAGUAACUACGUCGCACCUUCAGACUCCAUCCAAGCAGAAGAGUGGUAUUUUGGCAAGAUUACGCGCCGAGAAUCUGAACGAUUACUGCUCAAUCCAGAGAAUCCCCGAGGGACUUUUCUGGCAAGAGAGAGUGAGACCACAAAAGGUGCCUACUGCCUCUCUGUCUCAGAUUUUGACAAUGCCAAGGGCCUCAAUGUGAAGCACUACAAAAUUCGCAAACUGGACAAUGGUGGCUUUUAUAUCACAUCCCGUACACAGUUCAGCAGCCUUCAGCAAUUAGUGGCUUAUUAUUCCAAACAUGCAGAUGGUUUGUGCCACCGUCUUACCAAUGUUUGCCCAACCAGCAAGCCUCAAACACAGGGCUUGGCAAAAGAUGCUUGGGAAAUCCCCCGGGAAUCUUUGCGGCUAGAGGUCAAACUUGGACAAGGCUGCUUUGGAGAAGUCUGGAUGGGGACCUGGAAUGGUACCACCAGGGUAGCAAUCAAGACUCUAAAACCUGGGACAAUGUCUCCAGAAGCAUUUCUACAGGAGGCUCAGGUUAUGAAGAAACUGCGCCAUGAAAAGCUGGUGCAGUUGUAUGCUGUGGUUUCAGAAGAGCCAAUUUACAUCGUAACAGAGUAUAUGUGCAAAGGGAGCCUCCUGGAUUUUUUGAAGGGAGAGAUGGGCAAGUAUCUGAGACUGCCCCAGCUGGUGGACAUGGCUGCACAGAUUGCCUCUGGCAUGGCCUACGUGGAGAGGAUGAACUACGUUCACAGAGAUCUCCGAGCUGCCAACAUCCUUGUGGGGGAGAACCUGGUAUGCAAAGUAGCUGACUUUGGACUGGCACGACUGAUUGAGGACAAUGAAUACACAGCAAGACAAGGUGCUAAAUUCCCCAUCAAAUGGACUGCUCCAGAAGCUGCUCUGUAUGGUCGGUUCACUAUCAAGUCAGAUGUUUGGUCCUUUGGAAUACUCUUGACAGAACUUGCCACCAAAGGUCGAGUACCAUAUCCCGGCAUGGUGAAUCGGGAAGUCCUAGAUCAAGUGGAGCGAGGUUAUCGGAUGCCCUGUCCACCAGAAUGCCCAGAAUCUCUCCACGAUCUGAUGUGCCAGUGCUGGAGAAAGGAUCCCGAGGAAAGGCCAACCUUUGAAUACCUCCAAGCUUUCCUGGAGGAUUACUUCACAUCCACAGAACCCCAGUAUCAGCCAGGAGAAAAUCUAUAGGUCUGAGGACUGGACCAGUUGCCAGAAGAUUUUAUGCUGCUCCAAUGGCAAAUGUGCUCUAGAGAGGAACUUUUGAGUCAUACUAGAAUCCCUGCUGGAGUAUUAGCCAGGGUGUUUUCAUCAUUCUGGCAAUUUGCCCUUCUUAUUAAGGAUUGCACCAAUUUACUUUGUUUGUGGUUAACAAAAGCCUUGAUGGAUAGUGAGUGAACGAAGUCUCAUUUCAAUAUGAAGUUGGUUGUAGUACAGCAGAGGAGUUUCUGGAACACCAAAACUUUCUGCAAAAAAAAAAAAUCAAGAGCCAAGAUCCUACUCCUGAAGGUCACUUAUUUUCAGGACUGUGUCCUCCAUCAAAACCACUCCUGACUAUGCUUAGAAGGAAUUGCAAUCAGGACAAUCCUGCAUUUGAUGCAGGACCGUCCUGCGUCAAAGCACUUGAGUCGUUUCUGAUUGAAUGCGGAUGCUAAGGAAGUAUGCCUUUCAGACUCUCGUGGCUUUUGUUCUUCUUUAUGGACAAAACCAGCACAAUUCCCCUACUUGUACUCAAAUAUCUGGAUCUAGGCUGACUGAAUCCAAGAAGGAAAAAAAAGUAGCUCGCUUCUAUUGUGGACACUGCACAUUUUGUGUGUUUGUAAUCCUCUCCUUUUUUUAUUUUCAACACCAUUUCCUUCUGUGCCACUGUCUAUCCAGUCUUGUCCUGUUCGUGGAGGUGCACUUGCCAAUCUUAGCCAUAUAAUAGGUGGAACUGGAUGUAUUGGGUCUGUUUAGAAAAGGUGUUGUUCUUUGCCUUCUGGCUGUAAAUGAACUAAAGGACAUUCUUGGGAAAACUGUACCCAGCAUAUAGGACAUAUAAUGUCAUAAAGCAAACAACAGUCCCCAAAUUGUUCAGGACAGUGAGCUAGAUCUUGGACUGGAGGCUUGUCUUCCCAUCUAGCCCUUUAAUUCAAUAGACAGCUGAAGAUUAUCAGUUUCUUCAGCCCAUAAAAAAGUAAAGUGGCAGGAUCAUAAAUCCUUCUUCUCUCUACCCAUAAUGAACUGCUAAGCUGUUAAUACUAGUCUCCUGCCUAGGAAAUAUUAGUCUUCCACAUAGCAUUCUAUAAAUUCUUUAAGCACACACUCAGCUCACAUCACUGCCUUUUAAUUUUAACCCAGUCUGGGAUUCCUCAGUGCCUUGGAAGCAUAAUUCUGCAGCAGGAAAUGGCCUGUUGUGUUUACUAUAAUACGCAUGGUCUAAUCACUGCUUCAACGGCCAUCCAUUUUCUUUACCAUGAUUUAUGAUUGAGCAACAUACACUGGAAGGACGGAAGUAAAAAUACUCAAAAUU